AUGGGAACUGUAUGCUGCAAAGAGGAACCAGUGGAUUUACUAAGCGAAGUUGAAUUAUCCCAUUUUGUUCUACUGAGAUCUGUGGGUAAGGGUGCAUUUGGAAAAGUGCGAGUGGUUCAGCACAAGGGCACCAAGAAGCUAUUUGCUCUCAAAUACAUCAACAAGGAAAAAUGCAUACAAAUGAAAGCCAUUGAUAACAUCAUUUCAGAAAGACAAUUGCUGGAACACAUUGAUUACAGCCUCAUUGUCAAUCUAAGAUAUGCAUUUCAGGACGAUGAAAACCUGUUUAUGGUACUCGAUCUCAUGUUGGGUGGGGAUUUGCGCUUUCACUUGGAUAGAUUGGGUUGCUUGCCUGAGAAGCAUGUUCAAUUCUAUGCUGCAGAGAUCGCUUUGAGCUUACAAUACCUACACUCAAAGAACAUCAUUCACAGAGAUUUGAAGCCUGAUAAUAUACUUUUGGACGAAAAGGGCCAUGCCCAUCUAACUGACUUUAAUAUUGCUGUCCAGUUGAAUCAUAAACGAACAAAGCCGCUCACUUCCAUUGCAGGAAGUCUUGCGUACAUUUCACCAGAGAUUCUCAAGAAGCAAGGGUACUCAUACUCGGUCGAUUGGUGGUCGUUGGGGAUAGUUUUAUACGAACUUUUGUAUGGCCAAAGACCAUUCAAGGCGAAAUCCAAUGAAGAUUUGCAAAAAUCCAUCAUCUCUGAUCCAGUCGAGUUUCCCAAAGAACCCAGGAUAUCUCACGAAGCCAUGGAUUUCAUCCGUGAGCUACUAAAUCGAGAUAUCUCGCAGCGUAUUGGCGUUGGUGAAUCUGGAUUCAAGCGAUUAAAGAGGCACCCUUGGCUAAAGGACACAUGCUGGGAUAUACUUUCAUCAAAGACAGUGGGCGCACCAUUCAUACCCGAUGAAAAACGAUCCAACUUUGAUCCAACUCACGAGCUGGAGGAAGUUUUGCUGGAGGACAACCCCUUAAAGGUGAAAAAGAGGGCACUUCAACCUAAAGCAAGCACUUCAAAUGACGAUCUGUCACAUAAUACCCUGGAUAUGAGCGACAAUCAAUUGCUCGAACAAAAGUUCACUGCUUACGAUUAUACAAAACCGGAAGAGAACGAGAAGAGAGCAAGAGCAUUAAUCUCAUCCACAAUAGAAUCUCAACCCAAUCGAAACAGCAACCGGAAAAAAGAUCAUCGUCAGCGCACCAAUUCUACAGAUGAAAAUUAUCCAAUGCUUCAAAAAUCGUCCACCUUGUUACAAGAUUUUAUGCUGAGCUCUGCUUUGAAUGGUAGCAAUAAACAGGAUAACAAUGGCAGCGACGAUCAAUUGCUCCAUAAACCUCCUGCUGCAGCUCAAGGGACACCUCGAUCCAUCAAAAACCCUCUUCUGGGUGUCCGUGCCUGA